GAAUCGAGAAGAAGAUGCGAGCGAGAGAGAAGUCCAGUCGACGAUCCACGGCGAGAAAAGCAGUCCAAGAGUGGAACCAGAGCACCUUCAUCACCCUUCUCUCUUCUCUUCAAUCCAAUCCCUCGAUCGCUUCCUCAUCGAUCCCCCCCUUCUCUCCCCCCUGAUCCGAUUGCCGCUGGCUUUGAUCGGAUUGGAGGGAUGAGCUCUGGCCGGCCGACUCUGCGGGAUUUGGGGGAGGAGGCCAAGAAGCGGGUUGUUCUGCUCCUCAUAUGCGUUUUUGGUCUCUCCUAUCUUAUGUCCUUAACAAGUUCCUCAGUUUGGGUUAACCUUCCUGCCGCUGCUGCCAUAAUAUUAUUCUUUCGUUACAUCUCUCUGGAUUUUGAUCUUCGAAGAAGGAGCUCAGUCAGCGAUAAACAACCACUGGAUAAUCAAUCUUCACGAAAGAAAUCUAUAGACCUCUCCAAGUUACCCUUGGAAAGACCGAAUUGGAGAGCAAAGGUGAAUUCUCCUGCUGUUGAGGCAGCACUUGAGCAAUUGACAAGGCAUUUAGUUUCUGAGUGGGUGACAGAUCUGUGGUACUGUCGUAUAACUCCUGACAAGGAUGCUCCAGAAGAACUGGUCCAAAUCAUCAAUGGGGUACUCGGAGAGAUAUCAAGUCGUGCUAGAGAUGUAAAUCUCAUUUAUCUUCUCACAAGGGAUAUUAUCAACUUGUUUUGCAACCAUUUGGAGCUGUAUCGCUCAAGUCAGGCCAAGAUUGAAAAACCAGAAUUGAAGAAGCUAUCCAUUGAUUACAGAGACAUACAAAUGCGGCUAAUUUUGGCAGAUGAUGGGAAGUUGCAUCCAGCUUUAUUUUCUGCUGAGGCUGAGCACAAGGUUUUGCAGCAAUUGAUGGAAGGACUUAUUUCCUUAACCUUUAAGCCUGAAGAUCUGCAAUGCUCUUUCUUCAGAUAUACAGUCAGAGAGCUUCUUGCCUGUGCUGUAAUUCGGCCAGUUCUGAACCUAGCUUGCCCAAGAGUAAUUAAUGAAAAGAUUGAGGCAUUGGUUCUAUCUGUUACUGCUAAGAAGGCGGAUAAAGGAGCCAAACCUUCAGCAGAAGAGGUGCAUGCAGUUAAACCAAAUGGAUCUUCAAAGGCAGUACCUGCUCAAUUUUCUGGAUUUCAAGAUCGUUCGACUAUUGGUGUUGAGCUUGUGCAAUUUAAGCAGGAGAACUUGAGAUUUGCCUCUGAUGAAAGGGUUUCAAAUAACAUAUCAACUGGUGCUAAUUAUACUGAUCAGAAAGGAAAGAAUGCGGCAGCACGUAAGUCUGGUGGCGAAUGGGCACAGGCAUUGGAUAUGAUUUCACAGAGAAAGACUCAAGCUCUUGCACCAGAGCAUUUGGAAAAUAUUUGGACAAAAGGGAGAAAUUACAUAAAGAAGGAAACUAUAAAUCAGGCAGCUAAAGCCAAGCAGAAUACAGUUUUAGGAAUUUCUGAUGCUUCACAUUAUCCUACAGUUACAUCUAAUUACCUGAUACAAGACAAAACCGCCAAAGUCCAUGUACCAAGCCAAAGCUGUUAUUCCUUCCAAGCUAAAGGUUCAUAUUUGGAAGAACACUUGCAUGUUCAUCCCAAUGGCAGUGGUUCAUUUACGUCUGAGGUUUCAUUUCAUGAAGAAACAGACAACUUCAAUCAGGAGGAGUUUGAAGUCAAUAGUGACAGCUCUUAUGCAACCGAUGACGAUGAGAGCAACAUUGUGACUGGCCUGGGUUCUCCUGGAACAAAAGUUUGGGAUAGUAAAAAUAAGAAAAAUGCUUCUGUUUCCCGCAUACGGCACCCUCUUGAAACUCCAGAGAUCCAUUUAUCAAAAAAGAGUGUUAAGAAUCAUGUUCGCCACCCAAGAACCUCAAGAACUUUAUCAGGGAGGAGAAGAUCUAGGUUAAGCAAUCAGAAGUUGCCUAUGUGGCAGGAGGUUGAAAGAAUUUCCUUCUUGUCUGGAGAUGGCCAAGAUAUACUCAAUUCAUCCAGUAAAGAUGUGAAAGCUGAGGACCUAAUUGAUCAUUAUCAUAUGGAAUCUUGGAGUAGAAUUGGUAGUGACCGAGCUGCUGCUUCUUCUUCAUCUAUACCAUCCAUUUCAACAUCUGAAUUUUGUGACUCAUCUCUGGCAUCUUCUGAAACUUCUGUAUUGGCAGAUUCAUUUCUAAAAUUGAGAUGCGAGGUAUUAGGGGCCAAUAUUGUGAAGAGUGGUUCGGGAACCUUUGCUGUAUACUCAAUUGCUGUGACUGAUGCAAAUAAUAAUUGCUGGUCCAUCAAAAGAAGGUUUCGCCAUUUUGAGGAGCUACAUCGUCGCCUUAAAGAAUUUUCUGAAUAUAAUCUUUCUUUGCCCCCAAAACAUUUCCUUUCAUCAGGACUUGAGGUGCCUCUCAUUCAAGAAAGAUGUAAACUGCUGGACCAAUAUUUGAAGAAACUUCUUCAGCUUCCGACUAUUUCUGGAUCCAUAGAGGUCUGGGAUUUCCUUAGCGUUGAUUCACAGACUUAUAUGUUUUCUGAUUCUCUCUCAAUCAUCCAAACAUUAUCAGUGCACCUGGAAGAUAAGAUGCAUGAAAAGACUUCAAAAGAUCACAAUUCAAAGAAUGAUUUAAAUGGCCAAAUAUUUUCCACAGUAGAAACAUUGACUUCUGGCAGUGAAGAUUAUAAGGGCCAAAAGAACCAGGGCUACUUUGAAUCGGAUAAUUUGAGAUUGAGAAAAAAAACCUUGGACCAGACUAUGGUAAUGCAUAUUAGGAAGGAAGGAAAAGAUGCAAAUCAGGAUUAUUCUGGGAGUGACUCGGAGAAUAGGUUUGAGAAUUUUGCAUCAUCCACCCAAAAAUCUGUCAAGAAUUCAACAGAUACAGUAAGCAGAGCUGAUGAUCUACCGUAUGCGUCUCAGAUUGUUGAAGUUUCCGAGGAAUCAAUCAUUCCAACUGAAUGGGUGCCACCGAAUCUUAGUGUUCCGAUAUUGGAUUUGGUAGAUGUAAUUUUUCAGCUACAGGAUGGUGGUUGGAUUAGGCGCCAAGCAUUUUGGGUAGCCAAACAAUUGCUACAAUUGGGGAUGGGAGAUGCUUUUGAUGACUGGUUAAUUCAGAAAAUCCAGCUCCUGCGAAGAGGAUCAGUAAUUGCUUCUGCAAUCAAGCGGCUUGAACAAAUCCUCUGGCCGGACGGAAUAUUUUUAACUAAACAUCCUAAUCGCAAGCCAAGGCCUCCAGUUCCUUCACCAAAGUCAGGAAGCGAUCAGAGGGAAACAAAGAACUUGUUGACUGAAGAACAACAGUUAGAGGCUGCUCGCCGUGCCAAAUUUGUCCAUGAGCUAAUAAUUGAUAAGGCUCCAGCAGCUCUUGUAAGUCUUGUUGGUCGAAAAGAGUAUGAAAGAUGCGCCCAGGAUAUUUACUUCUUUCUUCAGUCCUCUGUUUGUAUGAAGCAACUAGCAUUCGAACUGCUGGAGCUACUCCUCCUAGCUACAUUCCCUGAGUUAGAUGAUGUUAUUAGGCGCUUUCACGAAGAAAAGGAGCAGUUCGGAGGAGUUGAAGAAAAUAGAUGACGUUUUCGUUCAAUCUAUGUCACAGCAACGGUUACCUUCUUAUUGUGAGGUUAUAAGUUUGCUUGCUAUCCUUGAUUGAGUUGGAAUCCUUACACCAGAAGAUAAUACAUGCAUAUGUAGCAAGAGUUGUCGGCUUUUAUGUGGAUCAGAGAAGAAUUUAACAAGCUCUGCCUUUUUCCUGCAUUGCUGUUAUGAUGGGUACUCACCCAUGGGUUGUAUAUCUUUUUCCUCAGUUUUGGGUAGGGGAAUGCCUGCGUUCAGUAUAAAGAUCAGGGUGCCAUUUGUAUAGUCGAUUGAUUUUUUUUUUUUUUGGUCUGGGCUUGUUAUUUGUAACAAAAAAAGAAAAAAAAAAACACAGGUUUACGAAAGGCAAUUGAUUGAGAUAAAUAACACUAGUGUCCGGAGAUUUUGGCUA